CCGGCUCCGGGAGGCGGGGACGCGGCGGCGGCGGCUCCAGUCGCAUCUCGGUCGCUCGCUGGGGAGCCCCGCGGUGGCGGCACCUUCGGAGGCGGAGAGGCAGAGGCGCGGAGCCGCGGGCGCGAGACCGCUCGCACCGACUGACGGCACAGCCGACGGGCAGCGCGGGGCACUGGACGGCCGGGGCGCCUCAGGUUCCGCCAUGAGCUGGGGCACGGAGCUGUGGGAUCAGUUUGACAGCUUAGAUAAGCAUACACAAUGGGGAAUUGACUUCUUGGAAAGGUAUGCCAAAUUUGUUAAAGAGAGGAUAGAGAUUGAACAGAACUAUGCAAAACAGUUAAGAAAUCUGGUUAAGAAGUACUGUCCCAAACGUUCCUCCAAAGAUGAAGAGCCAAGGUUUACCUCGUGUAUAGCCUUUUUUAACAUCCUUAAUGAGUUAAAUGACUAUGCAGGACAGCGAGAAGUUGUGGCAGAAGAAAUGGCGCACAGAGUUUAUGGCGAAUUAAUGAGAUAUGCUCAUGAUCUAAAAACUGAAAGAAAAAUGCAUCUUCAAGAGGGACGUAAAGCUCAACAGUAUCUCGAUAUGUGCUGGAAACAAAUGGAUAAUAGUAAAAAGAAAUUUGAGAGAGAAUGUAGAGAAGCAGAAAAAGCACAGCAAAGUUAUGAAAGAUUGGACAAUGAUACGAAUGCGACCAAGGCAGAUGUUGAAAAGGCUAAAAUGCAGUUGAAUCUGCGUACACAUAUGGCUGACGAAAAUAAAAAUGAAUAUGCUGCACAGUUACAAAACUUUAAUGGAGAACAACACAAACAUUUCUACGUAGUGAUUCCUCAGAUUUAUAAGCAACUACAAGAAAUGGAUGAAAGAAGGACUAUUAAGCUCAGUGAGUGUUACCGAGGAUUUGCAGACUCAGAACGCAAAGUUAUUCCUAUCAUUUCAAAAUGUUUAGAAGGAAUGAUUCUUGCAGCAAAAUCAGUUGAUGAAAGACGGGACUCACAAAUGGUAGUAGACUCCUUCAAAUCUGGAUUUGAACCUCCAGGAGACUUUCCAUUUGAAGAUUACAGUCAGCAUAUUUAUAGAACCAUUUCUGAUGGAACUAUCAGCGCUUCCAAACAAGAAAGUGGGAAGGUGGAUACCAAAACUACAGUAGGAAAGGCCAAGGGCAAGUUGUGGCUCUUUGGAAAGAAGCCAAAGCCACAGUCCCCACCCUUAACCCCUACUAGUUUAUUCACAUCCAGUACUCCUAAUGGGUCCCAGUUUCUCACAUUCUCCAUUGAGCCCGUGCAUUAUUGUAUGAAUGAAAUAAAAACAGGGAAGCCCAGAAUUCCUUCUUUCAGAAGCCUCAAAAGAGGGUGGUCGGUGAAGAUGGGCCCAGCACUAGAAGAUUUCAGUCAUCUCCCACCAGAACAGAGACGUAAAAAACUACAACAGCGCAUCGAUGAACUUAACAGAGAACUACAAAAAGAAUCGGACCAAAAAGAAGCCCUCAACAAAAUGAAAGAUGUUUAUGAAAAAAACCCACAAAUGGGGGAUCCAGGGAGUUUGCAGCCUAAAUUAACAGAGACCAUGAAUAAUAUUGACCGCCUUCGAAUGGAAAUCCAUAAGAAUGAGGCAUGGCUCUCUGAAGUUGAAGGCAAAACAGGUGGGAGGGGAGACAGAAGACAUAGCAGUGACAUAAAUCAUCUUGUAACACAAGGACGAGAAAGUCCUGAGGGAAGUUACACGGAUGACGCAAACCAAGAAGUCCGCGGGCCAACCCAGCAGCAUAGUCACCAUAAUGAGUUUGAUGAUGAAUUUGAAGAUGAUGAUCCCUUGCCUGCUAUUGGACAUUGCAAAGCUAUCUACCCUUUUGAUGGGCAUAAUGAAGGUACUUUGGCAAUGAGAGAAGGUGAAGUCCUAUACAUUAUUGAGGAAGACAAAGGUGACGGAUGGACAAGAGCUCGGAGACAGAAUGGUGAAGAAGGCUACGUUCCCACAUCAUACAUAGAUGUAACUCUAGAGAAAAAUAGUAAAGGUGCAGUAACUUACAUCUAACUUAACCAGGCAGCUUUUUGAAUGUAUGGCAUAGGAAUGAUAACAUAAAAUGAAAACACAUUCAACGGGUGGAAAAGCAUAAAACUUAAAAGCGUCCAAAAUCUAAUGUUCACUAUGUGAGCUGAGUGUAGGCUCGAUCUUAGAGAUGUGAAUAGUACCACAGCAAACUGUUCUCAUGACGCUUUACCAUUUGAGUGAUGUUGGUGUGAAGCUUAAUUUAUGCCUAUUUGCUUUAUGUCCUGCUUAAGUCUGUGUGAAGGAUUUGUGUUUUUCUGCCUUACCCCCCCCAACACACUUUGCGUCAGAAAACACAAUGACUGUAGUGAAUUCAAAUAAGUAAAACUGCUCUGAAAUGCUAUAGGAAGCUAACUCCCAAAAGAGUGGUUUAAUUUAGAAUUUUGAAUUUGUAGCUACAGUUUUCAGAAAGAAGGUAACAAUUGACUUACAGCAUAAAUAAGCAUAUAGUCAUUUUCACUUUCCUCCCUAUACUUUAGUUUCCUAAAGGAAGGAAACAAGCACCUAGUGCAUGAUCUAUAUUAGUAGUAUGCUAAUCAGAAGACUUGCAAAAUAAGUCAACCUAGCUCAGCAUUUAUAUGAAUACAAUAGCUUUCUUUUGAGACCUGAAAACGUUAUCAGGCUAAGUAGUAAUUUUCAGUAAUGUUCAGUCUUUCCCCUAAUUUAAUGCUUAUAUUUCUCAUCUUGUCUUUUGGGAAAUAACACAUUAGUGACUCUUCAUCAUUUAUGCGUAGGAAAAUAAGUUCUAAAUAGAGGAAACCUUGAAUGGAGGGGAAGUUCUGGCAAAUUUUACUUUAAAUAGAAAAAUAGCUUUUUCUGACUAACUGGGUUGGAGAGAGAGAUGUACCAUGACUUAGAGUUGUGUUUUUAAUUUCUGAUGUGCAGGCCCAUGUUGAUCCACAGAUAUUAAAAAUGGUUGAAAGCAUUUUAUUAUUUUAUCUAACUAAUCAGUUAUUAGGGAAGAUUUUUUUUUUCCCAGUGAAUUUUAGCAGGUGUUGGCAACACUGCUUGGUCAAGGAUUGUACAGUGCUAGUUGUGUGGGGAAGUAAAGCGAGGAAGCAGUUUUAAGACUGUCCCUUAAUUGUGCAUAUGUUCCAAACUUUUCUGGUGUUUUUAGUAGCUGACUAUAAAAAUGAUUUUAGAGUCAUUUGGGAUGGACACUUUAAACUGAACACCCUUUUUGGUCUUACCAAAGGUCUUCAGUAAUUGUUUUUUUCUUUUUCCUCCUGGACUGCAGGUUCCUGAAGAGGGUUUCUGAGGAAAUGGGCAAGAUGUUGAAGGAGGUUACAUACAGCUGCUUUUAGGGGGAGGGUAUUAUAGAUGUCAGGCUCAGAGAGUGAGAGAAGCAAGUUGCAUGAGUGCAUGCAGACAUGAUUAUAUUUUACUAACUUCAUUAGCAUUUCCAUACAUCAUUUUAAAAAGUCAUUGUAAUACCAGUCCUUAAAUGUCUUGUUUAUAGUUAUUCACAUGAAGGAAAAAGAGCCAGCAGUGGCCAACGAAUUUCCGUCUAUUUUAUUGAUGUCCAAAUCAGAAAGAAUGCAGUAUCAUUAAAUUUGUCUUACACUUGGCUGUCCCAACAGGACCAUCUCCAUCCCGCUCUAUUUUAAUUAAUUUUUAAGUCUGUUGUCUGUUAAACUCCUUGCCAUUGGUCAUUGUCUGCCUGCGCCACCUCUGUGCUUGCUUAACAUCCUGUUGCAUGUCUAGAAUGAUUGGGCUAGAUUUUCCAGGCAUGUCUUUAUAAUACCUUGUUCUUGUCAAAGCCUUUGUUUUACAUUUGUAGUGCAACUCACUUUGUCAAACAUCUCCAGCACUAAUGUUUCCAUCUUAGUAUUUGUAUAUGCUGCUAUAACUUCCCCACUACAAAACAUUCCAGUUUUGGCAUAAUGAAGUAAGUUUGAACCUGAAGUUUUAUAAGAAAAAGAAAACAUCUCUGCUCUAGCCUACAGCCCAGUUGAAAGAACUCUUUGAAACAUGAUACAUCUUCAGCACCUCAGUCUGGGAAGAACCUAUAGUCAGCCCUGAAAUCCUGGCAUAAUAAACAUAGAAGAAACUCACCACCUCAAGACAAAGGACUGUUGUCAGAAGUCAGCUGCUUCCAUUCAAAUGCUGCCUUAAACUAGAGUGCCUAAAUCUUUUGAUUGCCAACACUACCACUACAGUAUCCCACAAAGGGCUUUAUCUGUCAGCUCAGUGCGACCUCCUUUAACUCAGCAGCACCACUACAGCUGCCAUUGUAGCCUCGGUAGGUGGCUUCUAGAGCUCUACCAUGUUUGAUGGUGCAUCAUCAAAUUUAUUCAUCAAACUAAAGACGUGUUUGAGUCCAUUUUACUUAACUCAGUGUUUUUUGGUUUUGUUUUGUUUGGGGAGUUUUAUGGAUUUCCCUUGCAUUGUUUCCUAAUAUGAGCAUUUUCUCUUUUGAUGAUUACAAUGAUAGUCUGUUUCCAAGUGAUGUUUUUGUUUGAACCAGAUAAAAUUUAGUGAAACUUUGUAAUGAUCUCUGUGCACUUUUACUUGUAAAAUGAAAAUUUCUGUAUGUUUAUACUUGUAAAUAUUAUUGUCAUGAGUACCCUUAUUUCUCAUUUGUCCUGCCUCACAUUUGUGCUUCUUUUAAUGACUUGUAUUUUAACUAAUUUCUUAGUGGUGUUUAAUAGGGAGACGGGUGGGAGUGGGGUGGGUAUUUGUACUAUGGAGGCUUCAUUAAUUUGGUUCUUUUCUGUUUUAAAGAAGAAAAAUGUGAAAUGGUCUGUGUAUUAUUGGAUUUUAAGCAAUAUUUUAGAAGCUGUGUGACUGCUUUAAUAAUUUUUCCCAGUGUUAUUUGCAUUGUACUACCAGUUAUACUAAAGCUGAAUGACAAUUAUGUGAAAGUUUAUUCCUUCAUAAGAUCAAUGUGCCCCUGUUACACAGCUGACAUGUAGUGUAUUAUUACCUUUGAGGCUAGUAAACUGUAAAGUUUAGAUUUUGAAUCUCGUUACAGGGUUAUUUAUAUAAUGUGACAUUAUUCAAUACUGACAGACUACAUAAAGUAGUUUUAAAAUCUAGUGCUAUUUUCAUUUUAAAGGUUAGAAGUGAGAAGAAAAUGUCAUUUGGCUGUGUUUGUCUUCUGUACAAAGCCUAAAGUGCUUGUGUUUUUUUGGCUAACAGCCACAGAGGGCAAAGUUUAAGGCUUUCUUGUAAGGACUAACUGUUCUUUUCAAGCUACUGUUUGUUUUUCUAAAAGCAGGACUUGCUUCCGUAGGAGGCAGUUUCCUUCGUGUGGACUAGUGCAACCUGUAUAUGGGUUAUUAUAAUAGGCAGAUCAUUUGUACUUGCACAGUUUAAAUCAUUCUUAAAUCAUUCUUAAAUUUUGAACAUGUGAAUUGCCCAAAAGAAAUCUUUAAUUUUUUCAGUAAUUUUUACUCUUUUUGUGCACAUGUUGAUCUCUUAAUGGUAAAUGCUUUGUUUAAGAUAGUGUUCUCUGUUGAGAAUAUUUUCAUGGAAUAAAACAAUCUUUUCAUGGUCA